UCCCUUUCUUAUUGUGUCUGUAGUCACUGCAUUUUGACAUCGAUCAACCUCCAAUCAACUGCAAUCAAUUUCGAUGCAAUUGAUGGGACUUGAUCGCUAAUUGUAAGGAAGAAUACCAACGAAUUUUCUUCCUUUUCUAGUCGAGAAGUUUAUAUCUUUAAAAAUAUUUAGUCUUGUAAUAAUGGCAGCAUUCGAGGAAAUGGGUGUUUUGCCGGAAAUUGCUCAGGCAGUCGAUGAAAUGGAGUGGUCACUACCAACAGAUGUACAAGCUGAGGCAAUACCAUUAAUUCUGGGUGGUGGAGAUGUAUUGAUGGCUGCGGAAACUGGCAGUGGAAAGACUGGUGCUUUUUGUUUACCAGUAUUGCAGAUAGUAUCGGAAACUUUGCAAGAUCUAGAAUCUGGAAAAUCAACUACUUCUGGGUCACAACAGCUUUCUACACAUUGGUCUCUAAGUUUAUUCGAUAGAGGUAGUGCAUUGGCUGUAACUCCAGAUGGUUUAAGGUGUCAAAGUCGUGAACUGAAAGAAUGGCAUGGUUGUCGAGCUACCAAAGGAGUUCAAGGCAAGAAAAAGUUUUUCUAUGAGGCUACAGUAACUGAUGAAGGUUUGUGUCGUGUUGGCUGGUCUAUGUCUCAAGCAUCCUUGGAUUUAGGAACAGACAAAUGUGGUUUUGGUUUUGGUGGAACUGGUAAAAAGUCAAAUGCAAAACAGUUUGACAGUUACGGAGAAGCUUUUGGCAUGUAUGAUGUAAUUGGAUGUUAUUUGGACUUGAUAAAGGGUGAAAUCAAUUUCAGUAAGAACGGUGUAAAUUUGGGUACAGCAUUUACUCUGAAUGCACAACAGAAAUCACAAACCUUUUAUCCAGCUAUUGUGUUGAAAAAUGCAGAAAUGUCUUUCAAUUUUGGAGCUCAACCCUUUAAGCAUCCACCCCCCUAUGAUUAUGUAGCUGUUACUUCAGCUCUUAAAGAAUUUGUAAAGGAAAAUCCAAUGAAUAGCAGUGCUGCUCAAAGUAAAGAAAGUGGUAAACCAAAAUGUAAUGCUCCUCAAGCAAUAAUUAUAGAACCCUCUAGAGAACUUGCCGAACAAACCUUCAAUCAAAUCCAAAAAUUUAAAAAGUAUAUGAAAGAUCCUACAGUCAGGGAAUUAUUAGUGAUUGGUGGAAUCAGUGUAAAAGAACAAAUAUCGGUAUUAAAUUCUGGCGUGGACAUAGUGGUUGGGACACCCGGACGUAUGGAAGAUUUGAUACAAGGCGGUUACUUGUUGCUAACUCAUUGCAGAUUCUUUAUUUUGGAUGAAGCUGACGGUUUGUUAAAGCAAGGUUACACAGAAUUAAUUGAUCGUUUGCAUAAGCAAAUACCUAAAAUUACGUCAGAUGGAAAACGAUUGCAGAUGAUCGUCUGUUCUGCAACGUUGCAUGCAUUUGAAGUCAAAAAGAUGGCUGUAUGUAUCUCUAAUGACAGUCUGUAUUUCCCCGAAAUGUUUUAUAAAAAGAUAGUGGAAAACUUAUACUUUGUGUAGGAACGAUUGAUAUGUACGAUAGAUCCUCAGAAAGACAAGUCUUGGGAAAACUCAAGAACACAUAUACAAACUGAUGGUGUACACAGCAGAGACAAUAUAAGACCUGGAAGCAACAGUGCUGAGACACUUUCGGAGGCCGUUAAGAUAUUAAAAGGCGAAUACUGUGUUCGAGCAAUAAAAGAACAUAAGAUGGACAGAGCUAUCAUUUUCUGUAGAACAAAGUUAGAUUGCGAUAAUCUGGAGCGAUAUUUAAAACAGACUGGUGGAAAUCAGUUUUCAUGUGUAUGUUUGCAUGGCGAUCGAAAACCCGCAGAACGUAAAGCGAAUCUGGAAUCGUUUAAGAAACAAGAAGUGAAAUUCUUAAUAUGUACCGACGUUGCAGCUAGAGGCUUAGAUAUUACAGGACUGCCUUUCAUGAUCAAUAUGAUCCUACCCGACGAAAAAUCAAACUACGUGCAUCGUAUAGGUAGAGUUGGUAGGGCGGAAAGAAUGGGCUUGGCUAUUUCACUGGUCAGUAAAGUGCCUGAAAAGGUUUGGUAUCACGGUGAAUGGUGUCCUAGUCGUGGAAGGAAUUGUCAGAAUACUAAUCUCUCUGGUCAGGGUGGCUGUUGCAUGUGGUACAAAGAACUCAACUAUUUAGCUGAGAUUGAGGAUCAUCUAAAUAUUACGAUCCAGCAAGUUGAUGAGAGUAUGAAAGUUCCUCUGAAUGAUUUCGACGGCAAAGUGAUUUACGGAGAAAGAAAAACAAAUACGGGUUCGGAUUACCAAAAUCAUGUUCAGCAGAUGGCACCAUACGUGUCUCAGUUAUCGUCACUGGAGUCCAAAACACAACUUCUGUACUUGAAACGACACAUGGCAACUGCAGCGAACUGAAAUCUUUUCAAUUUAAUAUUAUUAUCCGUAUGA